AUGAACACGGAAACUCCAAUAACCCUCCUCCCGAGAUGGGUUAGAGAAGAUAACCUCGCUCAGAAGCAGCAGACUGUUGUUGAAUCAAAGACCGAUGCCAAAUUGCCUAUCCCAACCCCAAAUGACGGGAACAAGGGAGACAACAAAGGGCCACCAGGAUACUGGGCAAAAGGAGGGGAAAGAGAUACGUAG